GAGUACUGCUGCUACCGUAACUCCAGCGAUUUUAUGGCUAAUUAGUUUUUCAAGAUGUUAAAGAAAAUCGCUUUUUUGCUAUGCUUUGUGGAUCUAUCUUUGGCCGGACCUUUGGGAAAGAUCAGGGAGUUAAGAGUGAAGAUGGAGGAAACAAGCUCGGUGAAGAUGCUCGGCGUUGUACCAGUCCAGGAAGAAAGGCAAGCGGCGGUUAUUGGCGUUUUGGGCUCGGCGAUCGCCCCGAUAGUCGGUGCCGUCGUUGGACCGAUUUUGACAAACUUGGCCAACGGUUUGGUCGGAGUGCUCACAGGCAAUAGGCCCGGAAGCUCCGGUUCUAAGCCAUCUUUCGACGCUUACAUGAUUCAAGUACCUGGCGCUGAAGGGCCGUACAUGCUUUUGACUCAAGAGACCGCCCUUGGAGGGGUCGAAGGGCCUUACAGAACACCUUCUGGCGGAUUGAUGAACAUCUCCCCAAUAGGCAAAGUAAACAUAAAACAUAAUCCUAUUUUACCCAUAAAGCCGGAAACGGACGACGAAGUUACAGUUGAAGACUUGAAGGGAGCUGAUGAUGAAGAUUCAAGUCCUCAUUAAUUA